CCCAUUCGCGACGCGUCAUUUUCACGUUGACUGAGUCGGGUCACAAAUUUCUCUAUCCAGCAUCACCUGUUGCACUGUUCUUUUCGAAAAGAGAAACCUCCAAAACCUGAACCCAUCGACCCGCGCACCCUCCGAGACCCCAGAAUUUUUGACCGCCGUGCGAAAGGAAGGGGAAUCGUCGGCCACUGGGCAUCAAGAAGCCUUCGACGAAAGACUCGAUCGCGAACAAACCCUCACUCCCAACCCCAACCCAGUUGCCCCCCCCCCAAAAAAGAGAUAUAUAAAACACCAUGGCUCGCAAAUCCACCUCCAACACGACAGCAGCAGCAGCAGCAGCGACAGAGCCCCCCUCACCCACGACGCAAUCCCCACCCUCCCACCCAUCCUCCUCCUCCCCUCAACCCGACACCACAGCGACAGCGACAGCAGCGACAGCAGCAGCAGCAACACCCAAACCCAGCGGCAGCGGAGGAACCGUCGAAGCCACCGAACAGCAACUGAAAGCCCGCGCAGAAGCAGGCGUAGGCAUUGAGAAGGACUACCUCCUCCCACGCACCCUCACAAUCCGCCUCGCCAAAUCCGUCCUCCCGCCCAACACCUCCCUCCAAAAGGACGCGGUAUUAGCCCUCCAGAAGGCGGCGACGGUGUUU